AUGUCAUAUUUUUAAAUAGCUACUAUCUUAAGCAGUAUCAUAUUAUUAAUAAGAGCAUAGGAGUUAUUUUAAUCAUAAUAAACAAUAUAUUAAGCUUCGCCUAAGCAAGUAAUAACUAUUAAUGAAAAUUAACCUGUUAUACCAACUCAAAUGCUUUUAGUAGAUGAUUCAUAAUUAAUCUUAUUUAUCACUCAAGAAAAUUAUAUAGGGCUUUUUGAUGAGAGGAAAAAUAAGUUGAAAAUUACAGGAACUUCUGAAUAAGUUUAGUUAAUCAUGAUAAUUGAUAAUUAGUAGUACUUUUUAGCAGCAAUGGUCACAUACGCAUCAGUUUAUCAAAUUCAGUAAGACAAGAAUAAUGAUUAUUUUCUUGCUCAAUAGUAGACCUUAAGUAUUGAUAUUAAAGUGAUUUAUAUGUUAUACCUUUCUAUUUCAAAUAAUAUUCUUCUUUUAAGUUACGAUGGAAUAGUAAUGAUAUAUUAGUAUGUUGGAAAUGGGAAUAUAUCUUAUAAAAAUAAACUUUUAUACGAUAAAUUCAAUUUUUUAUCUGCGUAAGUAACUCAAGAUGAGAGAUUUAUGUUUUCUAAUUUAUCAUCAAAUGACAUAGCUAUAUUUUAAAUAGAAAAGAAUGUCAAUAUUCAAGGUACUAUAGAAAUCUCUAAUUUAGUAUAUUUAAGUAGUAUAUAUUGUGAGUAUUGGAUUGUCUAGCUCAUUCUUCUCAAAAAUUUUAUCUAUUACAUUGAUCCAUGGAAAGGUCUCUAUUUUGCAGAUUUAUCGCCUUUAUAUUAAAAUCCAAUGUCUCCUAAAAAUAUUAAACCUACUAAAUUUGGAUUAGGAAGUACCAAUUUAAGCACAACUACUUAUUGUAUGGCUAUUUCGAGUGAUCAAAAUUAUCUUUACUUAGGUGUAAGAUCUUAGGGUAUUUUAAUUUAUGACAUAUCAAACAUUUCAAAUCCUAUUUGGUAUUAUUAGAUCUUUGUUUAAGGCCAGCCUUAUUAUUUACUUAUUUCCAAUAAAGGAUAAACUCUUUAUUACUCUAAUUCUAAUGGUCUGUACCAAUACCAAUAAAUUAGGUUAUCUUUCACAAAAAAUACGCCAAAUAUGCAUAAUUCUCAUAAGUCAAAAAGCUUGUUUGAUGGACCUCCGCUUUUCAAAUGGAGAUGCUAAAUAUUGAAAAAAUCGAAUGUUUUAUAUGCUGCUUUUGAUGUAAAUAUGCUCUAGCGAUUCUAAGUUAUCAAAAACAACCAAGUAAAAGGAGAUAUUUAAUUAUAUUAGAUAGACACUCUUCCAUAUGCAUAAGACAUAACCAAUUCUACACCUUAUAUUGAAACAAUAUGUGUUGAUAAAAACGAAGAUUACUUGUACGUUCCUAUUGCUGAUUAGACAAACAUUAUCUUGAAAUACUAAAUCCCAAAUUCUGCUAAUUCAUCUGCCCCUUUGCAAAAUGUAUAGUAUCUACAAUACAAUAAUGUUUAGUAUGCUGAAUCAUUAAAAAUAAGCUAAGAUAGCAAAUAUAUGGUAAUGGCUUAUUCGAUAGGAGUAUUGAUCAUAGACAUAGAAAAGUUUGAAGUGCUCUCUCUUUUAAAUAUCUAAGAUAUGUAAGCUAAUUGCUAUGGAGCAGAAUUUACUAGAGAUACAAAUUAUAUAUUUGCUACAGCUAGAAAUAUAGGGGUAUGGAUUAUAAAUGCUUAAGAUAAAUAAAAUCCAUUUAUUAUAUAAGUUUUAAAAACCAAAGCUGCAGAAACUGUCAUAGCUUCUAAGUUAUAUGACAUAAUGUAUUGCUUAGAUGGAUUUAACGGAUUACUUAUAUUUGACACUUCAGCUCUUCCUAAUAUUAAAGUACUAAGUAAUUUUAAAUUAUAAGGCUGGGUUAAUGAUAUUACUUUAUUGAAUGAUGAAAGUUUUGGAAUAAUAUCAACUAUGGAUGUAGGAAUGUUAACUCUUAUCAACUUAAAUGAUAAAAGCAAUCCAAUUCUAGUAUCUUCAUAUUAGAUAGGUUAAUAAAAUUCUUAUUCUACUUGCGUUGACUCCAGCAUGUAAUAUUUAUAUAUUUUGAACUAGUAAGGUAUUAGAUAUUUUCCUCUCGACAGUGAUGUUCUUAUUCAUCACGAAUUCUCAAUUAAAUAGUUUGACUAAAAUUCUAAAGGAAGGGUAGUUUUAAGCUAAGAUGAUUUCUUGCAAGUUGGAUAGACAUAUGAACUGAGAUUAAUACCACUAUACCAAUAACCAAAUUAAUUAAUAAAUAAUAUAUUUAUAUAUUAAAACUAAUAAUAGCAAGCUAUACCUAUCUGGAUCAACUAAAUAAGUAAACUUUAUUUAGAAAUGACUAUACCAAAAGAAGUUGUUAGUUUUUCAAGUAAUUCUAUUAUUACUUUGAUUGUCCAGACCCAGUUUUCUUUGAAUAAUUCUUCAUUUAUUUAAAAUUCAACAUCUUUUGUAAUAUCUCCUAGUCUAAGUAAUAAGAUUUACUAGUAUUUAAAAAUUAGCGGUUUCAUUAAUAUCUAGGAUCUAGUAACGGAUUUGUAUAAUCCAGAAAUCACACUUAAUUUUAAUGAUUUCGGAAAUGAUAUAACUGACCCUGCUUAGCAAAUUCAAGUAUUAAAAAUGGUAAGAAAUAUUCUAUAAAAUAGUAUUGAUUAUAGUCCUAUUUAAUUUAAAGUUUAGAGCUCUCUAAAUUAUAUUUUAGAUUAAAAAAAUAAUUCCUUCCAAGUCAAUUCAAUAUCUUCCUUUGUGAGCAUUUAGCUUUCAUUCAGUGCUAAUUCUAAAUUAAUUUUUGUGUAAAAAGAUUAUCCAAAUGUAAUUUCUUAUCGUGAUGACUAAAAUACUACUUUGAAUAUAUAAUCAUCUGCAGAAAGUAUUAACAAUAUUUUGAGAGAAAAUAUUUUAUAUUAUAUAAUUGAAUCCUAAAUUAAUUAUAAUAAGCAGUAUUAAGUUAAUUUAGUUAUUUAAGAUGAAUUACAAUCUUAAAUUGAAAAAAUAUCUAGUGAUAACACAUUUGCUAUAGAAUCCACAUUUUUUAUUUAAUUUGAUCACAAUACCUUCAUAGAUCCUGAUGAAAUUCCUCUGUCAUACUAACUACAAGUAUUUUAAAAUAAUAAUUAUUCAUCUAUUCUCCCUGAAUAUUUUCUUAAGUUUGAUGAACAAAAUCUGAGAAUAUCAGGUAGUCCAUAAGCAUCUAAUCUCUUUGAUAUAAUACACCUUAGAUUAGUUGUUUCAAAUGGUUACAACUAAUUAUAAUCAGACUUUUACAUCAAAAUUUAUAAUAUUUCUUUAACUUACUUUUUAAAUUUAUUCCUAAAAUAUAUUGGACCAGUAGCAUUUAUUUUAGGAAUUUAUAGCUAAGAGUUUGCACAUAUCAAUAAGUUAUACAGAAAAAAGAUUACUUUAAUAGAAAACGAGCUGACUGUUGCAUAGGAGUUUUUAAAGGAAUUUCAGAGAAAAAAUAUUUUCAAAUAGAAAAAUUAAUAAAUUGAAAAAAAUUAGUUUGGAUAUUUAAGCGAUAUUGUUUCAUUUAGAUAGAUUGAUCCAGAGAAUUCUAAUUUUAGACCUUCUUUUUGUAGCAGCAAUUAGUUAUUUAAUUCAUAAAUAUAGUUAAAUUUUACAUGUUAAGGUUUUAAGCAAUAAAAUAAUACUUCUUCAUGCAUUUUUUAAGCUUCUUAAAUUCUAAAAAGUAGCAACAAUAAUAAAAUCUAAAAUAUUUCCAUAAAUAAAACUAUAAAAAAGAAUAACAAAUUAAGAAAAAAUAAAAUAAAUACAAACUAAAAAAUGCAAAAACAAUAUUUUAAUAAUUUAACUCUGCUUUUUUCAAGAAAUAACUUUAUUACAAAUAAAGAAAAAAACAGCAUAAGUGAACAAGAAAAAAAAAGAAUUUAAAUUAUUAAGAAAAGUCUCUUAGAGGUUAAAAUAAAUAAUUUUUAUGAUUAAGAUUUAAUAUUUAAUCAGUGCUACUCUCAUCCACAAAUAGUUAGUAAUAUCCUUUCAUCAACUAGCUUAACCGAUAAUUUACAAUAUUGUAAUCAAAUUAAAUUAUUUAACAUCAAGAUAAGUGCUGAUAAAUUAUUUUCUAAUAUGAUUUAGAAUGACUUAAAAAUAAAAUACUAAGGAAGUUACUUGAGAGUAGCUGAUUAUGCAAUAGAAUAUUAAAAAAAUAAUAGCAGAUUUAAUUAUUGCUUAAAUGCUUAGGUGGUAGAUUAUCUUCUUUAAAUAGACAUAAAAACGAACAUUGUUUACUCAUACUUAUAGGAAUACUCAAAAAAAUAGAAGAAUGUAACAGAAAAUGAUUGGUACAAAACUUUCGUUCAAAUUGAACCAACAAAUGAGCUAGAUUGUACUGGAACCAUAAUACCUUUUUCAAAUGUUAGUGUUAAUGAAAGUAGUUUAUUGAACUGUUUAUAUAAUCUUGAAUUAUAUAACAGUAUGGACUAACCAUUUGACGAAAUUUGGUAGCAUGGUAUUAGCCCAGUUCUCCUAAAAUAAGCCCUUAUAUUUGAGUCUCUAGGAUUAUUAAAUAACAAUUAAAAUAAAAGCAUAAUUAAUUAGCCGAAAGGUGAGUCAAUUUUUAUUCAUUAACAUCAAAUAUUUUCUGUUGAAGCGUUUUAAUUGAAGAAAUAGAGUAAAUUAAAUUUCAUUCAAAAAAUGCUUAACUUACAGUACGAAAGAUUACCUAUUUCUAAAUACUAAUAUUUACCUAACUGGAUUUAGUUAGAUUGUAGAAGUGGACUAAUAAGUCUAGAAGGAAUCCCUACUUCUUUAGAUCAUGAAGAAAUAUUGAUUAGAAUUUAUGAUGUUAAAAACUAUAUAAUCAGGUAAUUUAACCUUAAGAUCAUUCCUGAGUAGCCUAAAGAACUGAUGAUCCAACAAAACAUUCCUUUAUUUUAAACUUAAAAUUAGACAAAAAUCAAAAGAUAAAUGAGUAUUAAUCAAACUAAAGAAAUUAAAAACGGUUGA